UGCCGCGAUACCACCAUCACUCUGCAUCGAGACACACUUCGAUCCUUGUGAUAGAAAAGCUGGAGCAUGGAGCUGAGGAAGCGCUUGUCUGUGGGCUUGAAUGUGGAGUCUUCAGCGAAGGAACAGCGGCCACCUGAGAAGAGAUCCCAUGGUCGGAGCCGGAGUCGCAGCCGGUCUAGCGACGCUGACGUCGCGCACAAACUUCAGCGAAACAACGACAUUGCUGGCAUGCUUGAGCGCAACGAGAUUGUUGCCAUGGGGACAACUUCUUCUACGGAUACUGCGAAGUGCGACCUCUGCGACGGACUCUGGACUGGUACAUAUCACCAUCACGACAAACUCAUUGUAUUCUCGCAGAUGAAAGCGCGUCGGCGCUGUUUGAGUUUCGACCGAGUGGUAUCGUGUGCGACCAAUCGUGCCUGGCGUUUGCCGCCUCUUUCGUUGAAAAACACCCGUCGAUCCAAAGCCGCGACGACUACCUCAACUACCGUCGGUCCGUCCAACCAAACCAGUCGGGGGUCUUCAAGAUCGUAGCCGACAAAGCCGUGGACCUGCCCAGCGUGCGUUGGGUCGGUCGCCAAGACCCAUACGUGCGGCUAGCACUCUUGCCGUGGAACGAACCAGUGCAAACCAAAGCUGCCAUGAGCGGGGGAAAGAACCCGGUCUGGUUGGAUGCACACGCCAACGAAAUGCGCCUGCAGCACCGGUGCAACAGCUCCAACAACCCUGUGCCAACGUUGGAAGUCCAAGUUUGGAACGAAAACUACAUGUUCGCGCAUGACCUGCUCGCCAGCUCCCUCGUGACUACGGCACCGCUGUUGCAGCACCCGGGCAUUUCCAUCUCGCGAUGGUUCACGCUUGUGUCACCGUCCAACUCGACGUCGUCGUUGAGCCAGCGAGCACGCAUCUACUUUACGAUGCAGUUUGACCCCCAAACCCGAUUGCAUCGGCUCGUAUCGUCCGAUCCGGCCGAAGUUGUCGUUCGCGACCACAAGUUCCGCGUCCACUCGCUCAAGUCUGUUGGGGUCUGCAUUUUGUCGUGUGGCGUGUGCGAGCGAGUGAUCAUGAGCACGAUCAAGACACAGUGGGGCUAUCGAUGCGAGGGAUGCGGCAUCGACGUCCACAAGGGAUGCAUGAUGCUUGCCAACACAAACCUGCCAUGCCCGCGUCAAGACCAAGACUCGUCCGGCUCAAACAACGACAACGACGACGGCAUCGACGAUCGGUCGGUCUUGAAAAGAGAUCGAUACGUUGUGUCGCCGAAAGACGGCUCGAGUGGGUACCUUUUGGUGCAGCCCCCUCUGUCGGCCAACCCGCUCCCGAGCUUCGGCAAACUCUACGUCAACGUGCAAGGAGCUCACAUGUGCUCGAAACAUUGCAACGCCGCCGAGAACCUCCAUGCGUCCAACAUCUUUGACGGGGACACGUACUGUCGGCUCAGCGUCGAUGGCGUUCGCCACGAAUCCAAAGAAGUGUACAAGAGUGCCGAUCCAGUCUACGACGAUAAAUCGUGCUUUGACAUUACCCAUCGCGACACGACCCUGCUCUUGGAAGUUGUGGAUUUGACGACCAACGUCCCUGUCGGGUCAAUGUCGGUGCUGCUAUUUGAAUUGCUCCAAAUGGACGCUGACGAGGUCAUGCAGUCACUUCCCACGCCGCGUUUCGUCCACACGUCGCUGCAUGGCUCGACAUUAUUCAAUCGCGCCAAGACGACGUUUCCGCUCAAGCUCAAGUCGCAAGUCGUCGGCCACGUGCAUGUGUCGCUGCACUACGCCGAGGAAAAGCAAAAGCUGCUGUUGUACGUCCCCAAACAGCGCAUGGUGCUGCAAGGCCGCGAAGAAAAGGACUUUUCGGUCGAAACACUCAAGACCAACAUCGAUCGCCUCGCCCGUGUCCUGGCCCUCGUGCCUUGGCUCGAACAACAGUACGUGGCCAUCAUCACGUGGAAGCACCCCGUCCAGUCGGGCGUGAUCCUGGCCUGGUUCACGGCAGCAUGCUUGUUCUUGAAUGCCGAGUACCUCCCAGCCAGCUUCUUUCUGGUCGCGAUUGCGUACAUGCUUUACACGCUGUGGCAACGCUUGACUGGCGCGUACUUGUUGAAGUGGGUCGCAUUCGACGAAGAUGUGAUGGAGUCGUCUCGACUGUUCCGGCCGGUCGCGUCUCUCUUUGUCGCUGUUCUCGAAGCCUCGUAUCCGCCAAAGGAAAUGGCGCCUUCGUCCACCGCACACUACGUGUUUGUCCGAGCCAACUACCUUCCAAACGACAUGGACGUCAACGACUCGGGACUGGUCUACUCUGGAGGCGACGAAUUCGUCAUUGGACGAACGCAUGCUGUUCGCCAGACACCGCAUCCGACAUGGAGGGAUGGGUCGAACGUGGUGUCUCAUUUGACUCCUCCUGGACUCUUCCGCCCCAACACGCCACCCAAGAAGGAGCACGUGUUUCGAAAUGCCCACGUGUCAUGGCCCACCCACACGACGAACGGAGCCCCAGUGACGGACUACCAUACGCUCGUGUAUCCGUUGGUGCAAGCUGCCAAGCGCUUCGACAAUGGCCGGGAACUGCUCGUCCCAUGGACAGCGUUUCCAGGGCUGCUGCGGUGUGAUCUGGUCCAAGUGGCCGAAACCAGUCCUGGCCAUGCCGUGACCGGGGAAAUUGUGCUCGCAUCGACAGCUCCGAUUCCGCUCGUGCGACUUGUCGAUUCGGAUGAAGAGACACUGACGUUGCCGCUGGUGCUGAACAGCAAGGUAUCCACUGCCGGCGAUGAAGAGCCACGAGCGUCGUUGACGGUGCGAUUGAAAAUGCAACUCCCCCCACGAAAUCCAUCGUCGUCUGCGUCCAGAGUUGGCGCCGGGCCGGCGGAGAAGCGGUGGUCCAAAUUUGUCCAGGACGCGCUGGCUGAAAAAGACGCCAAGACAACCCUCAGCACCACGUUGUUUGGUGCGCUGUGGAAAGCCAAAGAUACGACAACGACGGUCCAAAAUGCCAUCGGUCGGCUGUGCGCCACCGUCGUGUGCACACAAAAUUUGUUCAAUUGGACCCAUCCGUGGAAAACGGCGCUCGUGUUUGGUGUGUGCGUCGGUGGAUCGCUUCUGUUUUCGUUCGUCCCGGCUCGGUACCUCAUCUUGGUCGGUGGACUCCUCGAAUUUGCGGCGGGGCUGCGCGAAGACCGGCCACCGAGUAACACUGCGCGCAACAUCCUGUGGAACUUUAUUUCUUCUUUACCCACCGACACCGACUUGAUCCAGGCAUACGACGAACAGCGACGGGCGUACGUAGCAAGACGAACGAGCGCCGAGCUUGUCGAUGCCGCGGCCUGUCGUCGGCUCAAGCUGCAAGCGCUCUGGCUCGGCUCGGUUCUAGUCAAAAUGGAGAAUGACCGCUCGUGGAAGCCCCUGUGUGUGGCAUUUCGUCGGUCGCGCUUUGUCUUUUGGAAGUCGAUGGACGAUGUCGAGGCGUGCGCGCCUCCUCUUGGCCAACUCAUCAUCGACUCCAUGGACGACAUUAAAGCCAUCCCAGACCUCAUGGCUCGCAAACCCGACGAUCCACCGUUUAUCUUUUACGUGCUGGGCAACACUGGCGAAUCGUAUCAAGAAAAACGAUUUUUCGGAUUUACAGAGCCCACGACCCGCGACGAACUGCUCAGCGUGAUCAAGGCGUCGUUCUGCUCCACGUGCUAAGCGACGUCGACAUCUUUAUCUUGCCACCGCGUCGUCCUCUGGCCUGUUGAAAGUCUUCAGCUGCUCCGUCGUCAUCUCGAGAACCCUGUGCAGAAUGAAUUUUCGAUGCCACCGGUACACCACCGCCGUUCGGUGGGUAUCUGUCAUGUCGUUCGCGUCGAGCAUGGCACUGUCUUGGUCGAUGGUUGUGGGAAGCGCUGCCAAGUGAUGCUGAAGCUGGUCUCGUAGCCGCAUCAGAGCUCUCAUCUCGACGACGGGGUGUUGCGGUUCUAAGAUGGACGUGUCGGUCGAGGCGGCGACCAGCGACGCACAUCGGUAGUACGGAAGCACUUCGUUCAACGUUGUGUCGGGCGAGAAGCGAAGGCGCGAUGGGAACGGCAUGAGGUGGGCGGCAAGGAAGAGCCGUCGUCGCUCGGGCUUUGGCAGCGAAAACUCGAUCGCGUCUAUGUCAAAGUCGACAAAGUCCCAUUCGUUUCGUG